GAAAAAGACUAAACAUCCUUGCUUGUGGCGGGAGUUUCUCACAUGGUAGGCAGGUGAGGUUUUAUAGCUAAAGUGAUAUUUCAUUGGGGCUCGGCUUUCGUGAAAAUAUAGUAAAACGCGAUGGCAAUGAAUGGUGGUGAUGUGCAAGGGUUGAAAGGCGACAUGCCCGUCUCAUCAAACUUAACAAAUGGCACUUCUAAGAAGUUGCACUCAUUGUCAACUUGUACAAAUGGGGAUGUUGACUCGAAACAGACUGAGAUGGGCACAGCAGCACCAGCGAGGUUUUCCUUCAGUUCCGAGCCCACAAUCGAAGAUGUUCGGCGGAUGCAAGCGGAGUUUACAGACGAGCGAGACUGGAAUCAGUUUCACAAGCCCCGCAACCUUCUGCUCGCCAUGGUCGGAGAGGUGGGUGAAGUCUCCGAGCUAUUCCAGUGGCGUGGAGAGGUGGACGAGGGACUGCCCAACUGGACCCAUGCCGAGCGGGAGAACCUCGCACAAGAACUCAGUGACGUUUUCAUUUACCUUGUGGAGCUUGCAGAGAAAUGCCACGUGGAUUUACCCCAAGCGGUACUCCGUAAAAUGGCCCUAAACCGGCUGAAGUACCCGGCCAGCAAGGUGCACGGUUCAGCAAAGAAGUACACCGAAUAUAAAGACUGAGCAUGUUUUACCUGCUUUUGCCAUACUAUUACGCUCAACGUAGUUCACUUUAAAGUUGGAGAAUGUUAUCACGUUUUGGUUCUUCAUAGGCUCUUUACAGUAGGCUACUUGGUGUAUUGUAGGCUAAGAAAGCCCUGCCCUUUAUUUUUAAAUUGUGUUUUAAAGUUGUUGGUAACUUAAGAUGUUUAUGGGUCAUGUAGCAUAUUUUAUGCAAGUUUGUUUUUCACUUUAGGUUGCUACAUCCCGAAGUCAGUUAUAGCUAAAGUUACCUUAAUCAUUGAGUUGACAAUUCACUGGAAUGUAAUCAAUUAUUGCCACAUUUUCAAUGCGCAGGCAUUAGGCAAGCAUUGGUCAAGUAAUCCUGUUUUGACUGCAUCUUUUGAUUUCUGCCAUUGAAAGUAAAAAUGCCUCAAAUCA